CCCAACCUCGCCAAAUUGGAGACGGAACACGAUCAUCAUCCAGAUCAAAAAUCCCAAAAGCUUUAUCGCACUUUCUCGCCACAUUUUCCAUGGCUCCAAACGCCCUGCUAUCGGGGUCUAAAUACUCUGACAGCCUCGCCGUGGUGGGGAUAUCAAUCUGCACCGCCAUAAUCUGCGAAGCCAUUUCAUGGCUCCUCAUCUACCGCACCACCUCCUACAAAACUCUCCGCUCCUCUAUCGACCGCGCCGCCAAGAAACUCGAGACCAUGAAAACCACCUCCGAUGCGCAAAAAUUCACCAAAAAAUCCAAGACCAAGAAGAUGGACCGCGUCGAGACUAGCCUGAAGGAAUCGAGCCGCGACCUCUCACUUUUCAAGUUCAAGUCUGGCGCCGUCGUUGCUCUGGUUCUUUUCGCCGUCUUCGGGCUCCUCAACUCGCUCUUCGAAGGCAAAUCCGUGGCGAAAUUGCCUUUUGUUCCGAUUUCAAUCGUCAUGAAGAUGAGUCAUCGGGGGCUUAAUGGCAACGAUCCAACCGAUUGUUCCAUGGCUUUUUUGUACUUUUUGUGUUCGAUUAGCAUUCGCACCAACUUGCAGAAGUUUCUAGGGUUUUCGCCACCGAGAGGUGCUGCCGGCGCCGGUCUUUUCCCAAUGCCCGAUCCCAAGACCAAUUGAUCGAUCCACGAGUUUAUUUUUAUUAGGUUUGAGAUCUAAGGAACUCAAAUUUUGAUUAAUUGUAUUUCUGAUUUGGAUGUUUUCCUCCCCCCCUUUUUUUAUACAAUUAGCGUGGAUCCAUCUGAUCAUAAUUAUCUAUAGAAUAAUUGAACUGGUAUUUAGGAUUAUGGAUUUUGCAAAUUUAAUUGACAUCUGAUCUGAAAUUUGAAUUAAAAGCACGGCACAAUUCUAUUC